AUUUGCAGCGCCACAUCGACCGCAAUAAUCGUGGAAUUCACCCCGCUGCUGAUGUCGAAUCGUCGCGACGAUAUGGAAACAUCGAGCGAGACGAGAUAUUGUUGAUGUGUCGAUCUAAACGGAGGGGGCGACAGCUGAUUGGUUUGGGUGACAUUUCCGAGUGAACUCCGUUACGAGAGAGGAUGAGCGCGACGGCCAAACAAAGGUUACAGGAUCUUCCACCCAAGGGUGGCUACGGUCCCAUACAAACGGACCGCGUGAAACUGCGGAGUAUUCUCGGCGCAAAGAGCUCGAUCGCGCUCUUCAUCGCGGCCUCGUCUUACGGAUUGUUCGCUUAUUAUCUCACUUUUCUACGAAACAGACGUAACCAGAUUGAAAUGAGAAGCGCGCGUUUCGCUAUAUGGCCAGCUCUGAUAGCGGAGAGAGACAGAGCCGUCCUGAAGCAAAUGAGACGCAAUCGGGACGAAGAGGCGGAACUGAUGAAAAAUGUCAAGGGAUGGGAAGUCGGAACGUAUUACGGAGAACCGAUAUAUUACUUGGACGAUAAGGAUCAGUACAGAGAGCCGUUGUUCCUGGAACAUUUUGCUCACGGUGAUCCUGCUAUUGUUAAUCGGCGUGCUUACCGUCAUCUCUUCACAUAGGAACAUUCAGGAACGUCUCCCCGGGAUUGCAACGCGAUGGGAUGUGACGCAACAUGGGUUGUGUGAACCAUAAGUAAUCGGUGCAAGUAGUCUUGAUAAAAAAAAAUAAAUUAAUAUAAUUGUUGCAAAUCACGUAAGAUUUAUAGAUAAGUUUUGGAAUCCACAGGUCUUGUGGAGAAUAAAAACGUCCAUGUGAAAACAUGUAUAAAAUACAUCAAAAACAAGUUUCUUUGCUCUUCAA